GCGUUAGAGGCAGACCCAGCGCUAGCGGGGCAGGCCGGCCGUCCCAGCUGCCACUCCCGCGAGUGCCCCGCGCCCAGGCUGCGGGCGGCCGUCCGGUUGGAGGCGGGGAGCCGCCGGGCACCGAAAGAGGAGCCGCUUGUGGGCUGGAACUGCCCUAGCAGGCGGCCUCCGCCGCGCCACUUCCAAAGAUGGUCACCGGGCCCGGGGGCGUCCCCGCCGCCGCCCGCCGCUAGUCCGCGGGCCAGCGCCGCGUCCCGGAGCCCCGCCGCAGCUAUGGCUUUAAAAGGGCAAGAAGAUUAUAUUUACCUUUUCAAGGAUUCAACGCAUCCAAUGGAUUUUCUGGAUGCUUUCAGAACAUUUUAUUUGGAUGGAUUAUUUACUGAUAUUACCCUUCAGUGCCCUUCAGGCAUAAUCUUCCACUGUCAUCGAGCUGUUUUAGCUGCUUGCAGUAAUUAUUUUAAGGCAAUGUUCACAGCUGACAUGAAAGAAAAAUUUAAAAAUAAAAUAAAAAUCUCUGGCAUACACCAUGAUAUUUUGGAAGGCCUUGUAAAUUAUGCAUACACUUCCCAAAUUGAAAUAACUAAAAGAAAUGUUCAAAGUCUGCUUGAAGCAUCAGAUCUGCUACAGUUCCUUUCAGUAAAGAAAGCUUGUGAGCAGUUUUUGGUAAGGCACCUGGAUAUUGAUAAUUGUAUUGGAAUGCACUCCUUUGCAGAAUUUCACAUGUGUCCAGAACUAGAGAAGGAAUCUCGAAGAAUUAUUUGUUCAAAGUUUAAGGAAGUAUGGCAACAAGAAGAAUUUCUGGAAAUCAGCCUUGAAAAGUUUCUCUUUAUCCUGUCAGGAAAGAAUCUCAGUGUUUGGAAAGAAGAAGCUAUCAUAGAGCCAGUUAUUAAGUGGACUGCUUAUGAUGUAGAAAAUCGAAUUGAAUGCCUAUAUAAUCUACUGAGCUAUAUCAACGUAGAUGUAGAUCCAGUGUAUUUAAAAACAGCUUUAGGCCUUCAAAGAAGCUGCCUAUUAACUGAAAAUAAGAUCCGAUCUCUAAUAUACAAUGCUUUGAACCCCAUGCAUAAAGAGAUUUCCCAGAGAUCUACAGCCACCAUGUAUAUCAUUGGAGGCUAUUACUGGCAUCCUUUAUCAGAGGUUCACAUAUGGGAUCCUUUGACAAAUGUUUGGAUUCAGGGAGCAGAAAUACCAGAUUUUACUAGGGAGAGCUAUGGUGUGACAUGUCUGGGACCCAACAUUUAUGUUACCGGGGGUUACAGAACUGAUAACAUAGAAGCUCUUGACACAGUAUGGAUCUAUAAUAGUGAAAAUGAUGAAUGGACGGAAGGUUUGCCAAUGCUCAAUGCCAGGUAUUAUCAUUGUGCAGUCACCUUGGGCGGCUGUGUCUACGCUUUAGGCGGUUACAGAAAAGGAGCUCCAGCAGAAGAGGCCGAGUUCUAUGAUCCAUUAAAGGAGAAAUGGAUUCCUAUUGCAAAUAUGAUUAAAGGCGUGGGAAAUGCUACAGCCUGUGUCCUACAUGAAGUCAUCUACGUCAUUGGUGGUCACUGUGGCUACAGAGGAAGCUGCACGUAUGACAAGGUCCAGAGCUACAGUUCAGAUACCAAUGAAUGGAGCCUCAUCACUUCCAGUCCACAUCCAGAAUAUGGACUGUGUUCAGUUCCAUUUGAAAAUAAGCUCUAUCUAGUUGGUGGACAAACUACAAUCACAGAAUGCUAUGACCCUGAACAGAAUGGAUGGAGAGAGAUAGCACCCAUGGUGGAAAGGAGGAUGGAGUGCGGCGCUGUCGGCAUGAAUGGGUGCAUUUACGUCGCUGGAGGGUACUCCUACUCGAAGGGAACAUACCUUCAGAGCAUUGAGAAAUAUGAUCCAGAUCUUAAUAAGUGGGAAAUAGUUGGUAAUCUUCCAAGUGCCAUGCGGUCCCAUGGAUGCGUUUGUGUGUAUAAUGUCUGAUUGAAUUCAUAGAAAUGACCAAGUAGUCACUGCUCUGGAGUAGAACAGGAUUUGGAGUCCGUUACUUGUUAUUGUGGCACAUAAUAGGUAAAUUAUUACUAACUCCCACUCUCUACCCAAACUCAGUGAUUACUGGUCAAGAAAAAUCUUAUGUACACUUAACAGUUGAAUCAGUGGUGGUAACACCUAUAAUCUCUGCUUGUCAAAGGUAAAAUGGAAUUUGGACACUUGGUAAAAGGUGAAAUACCUUUGUAGUGAACUUUUUCUCUUGGUAGCAUCAAUACUAUACAGGUCAAAAUCAUUCUGUGGAAUGAAAUGUCUCCAAUGACCCUGUAAUGUAAUAGACAGUGUAAUUAAGGUUCUGUUGAGCUAGCAGGGAAUUGGAAAUUUAGGGAAGGAAUCUUUUCUACCUCUACAAAGUCAACACUUUUAAAAAAGUUUUUUUUCACCUUUAGAAUUACUUUGAAUUUGGAUUUACUUUAAGUAGUUUUUUUUCCCUUUGGAAUGUGUAUAAUUUAUUGUUAUCCUUUUUACUAACUACCAGAGAUAGGCAGGAUACUGUGCAAAUAUUACUGUCUAGAGUUUACAAACUAAAUUUAAAAGGAUGGAAAAUCUGGGAAGUUGCAGAUUAAAUAGUUGAAUAUUUGCUGAUGUUAAGAACUAUUUUUAAUUUUCAACUUUGAUGUGAAUUGUUUGUAUAGGUAUCUUUAAGCAUGUUAGAAAAUCCUUCUUAUAAUUAAGUAUAGAAACAUGAAAGAUGUCUGCAUAAAAAAUUGAAUUUAGAGCCAGAAAGCAGGUAGAACAGUUGUGAUAUAGUAGAAAAUACAUUGAUGAGAAGAAAUAUGCAUUCAUUUCCCAGCUCUACCACUAACUAAAUAUUUGACUCAUGAUUGAGCCACUUAACCUCUCUUCUAUUAGAGCUUCCUGACCCAUGAACACUGUUACUUUGGGUAAUAGAUGUGCAUAGACAUGGAUCCCUAUAACCCUUGCGGCUGCCAGAGGUGGCCUGGGUGGCUGGAGCUUCUGGGCCAGAAAUACCUUUAUCCAUUUUCCUUAGUGUGCCUACAGUAUCUCUUUGCAUGUAUGCCAUAACUUGAAAAAUAGGUAGGAAGUACUGCUUAAGUUAACGCAUCUAAACUUUUAGUAAUCUGUUAGACCAUCUAGCCACACUCUUCAUUUUUAUAAAGAGACAGUAAUUUUAACUCUAAGUAUGGAAGUUUAAAACUAACUCUUCAGGGUUUUUUAGUUUAAUUUUAGAAAGAACUUAUUUAAUGCAUUCACUUAUUCACUUCAGAUGGCAUUUUAAAUACAUAUAACCCUGUGGGAAUGCAAUAUUGUACUACAUAAAAAAGAGCCAUAAAAAUGAUCAUAUCUUUGCCCCAUAAAUCCUACCCCUAGAUUUGUAACCUAAGGAAUAAUAUAAAAACAAAACAAGCAAACAAAAAAGGUAAAUGCAUGAGGAUAUUUGUGCCUGCAUUAUUUAUCGUAGCAAAAAAUUGGAAAUAAUCUACAUGUGAAAGAAGAAAGUGGGCUAAUAAAAAUAGUAAAGUAUUUUACUAAAAUUAAAGUCAUUAUUUGGAAGAUGUGGAAACAUGGAUGUCUCUGUGAUAUGGUAAGUAAAGUAAGCACAAUGCAAAAUACUAUGCACACCGUAGUUGGGACUUUGUGAAGUCUUUAUGGAUGUGUAAGGUAGUACACAAAACUGAAAUUCAUUGUGUUAGUGUAGGGGGAUAUGGAAUGAUUUUUAAUUUAUUUAAUUGUUUUCUUUAAUAUUACUUUGUAUUUUCAAUAAAAAUAAAUAAAUCACUAUAUAUGUAGUUAAACUGCUUGAAUUUCGGUUAGUUAAGUUGAAGAAUAGUCUGAAUUAGUGAAACAACUGAAUUAUAGACUAUUUCAAUAUGUAAUUAUAAGCUGUUUUAUCACUCUCAAAAACAUUUAGCAAUCAGUGCUGGGCUAAUAAUAGGUUACGCAGUACUGAUUUAGAGAUGUUUUACUGAAUAGAUACAAAUAGUUGCCAUCACCGUCCUCUCUUUUUAGCUUCUGAAAUCCUGACUCAAAUCCAAACUCUGGGAAUUCUUUCCUGACUGUUUCAGCCACAGUAAAACUCCUAUUGUCAUGUUUAAAGGAUUUAUCAUUUGUAUGUGCAUAGUAUGUCUUGGCUAGUUUUGAGAUCAUGGAUCACAUCUUAUUCUUAGAAUUCUCAAGGUAUAGCAUUUCAUUUGUAUAUCCAGCAUGAUUUUUUUAAAGGGUGAUACUAUCAAUUAUUUUUACAGAAAAGCAUUCCAGAGGUGCUUCUAGGAUUUAAAAAUAGUUUUUGAUCUGAGGUGCUUAAUUUGCUGCUCUCAUUGUCUGUAAAAUUCUUUUUUGUUAUUGACUGUGUACAUUUCAAGAAAGGAUUAAGGAAGAUAAACAUUUCUGUCAAAAUUAUCCCAAGUUACAAAUCACUAUAGUAUGAAUAAAAAAUAUUUUACUAUAAGUAAAUGCAAGUAAAUGCCCUUUGGAGGGCAAACAUUAUUUACAAAAUAAUUAAAAUUGUGGAAAUGAUUUUAAGUAGGACUUAAUUAAAAGGACUCUAAGUAUCCAAUUUUUUUUGUCAAGAAUUGCAGGGUUUUUAAUUUAUAUUUUUAAUUAAGGUACAUACAAUAAAAUGCACAAAUCUUAGUAAGCAGCUUGAUUAAUUUUGACAUGUGUUUUUGUACAUACUUACAUAACCAUCAACCAGAUCAAGAUAGCAAACUUCACUAAUUUUUUUUCCUUUACCACCUCCUACCCCUAUGGCAAUCACCAGUCUUUUCUGUUUGUUUAUGAGACUAUUUCUGUUUUGUUUG